AAUAAAUAGUCGAAAUCUCCAAAGCCAAUUAGAACCCAAAAUCAUGGGCCGCAAGAGAGAGAGAAGCCACUUCAAUCGCCACGCACCGUACUCCUUCCCCAAGCGCCGCCGUCCAACACCGAUCACCGACGAUCCAUUGCCGGUGCCGGAAGACAACUCAUCGACCAACAAGCAACAGCCGGCUACUGUGGUGGUUAUUGGUGUUCCUUCUGAAUGCUCUGUGCUCGACAUUAAAUCUCGUUUUGAGAUUUACGGAUCCAUCUCUCGAACUCGUAUGGACCCUAAUGGUCUUGCUCAUAUCACUUACCGUUCUAAUGAUUUUGCUCAAUCUGCUGUUGAAGCUGCCGAAGAUUCAUCUUUCCCCAUUACUCUCCACUCCAAGCCUGUUCAGGUAAUAUGGGCAACUGACCAUGCAUCGCAGUGGAAAGAAGGUGUGAUGAGAAAGGAUGAACUAUCCACAUCAACGGUUGCAUCAAAGCUAGUUAAAGCAGAAGUGCCACUAAGUAGGCACGGAAGAAGUAAUCGACUGGGAUCAGCAAUUGUGAACCCCAGAGAUGAGGAUAAUGAUAAUGCUGGCGGUAAUGUUCGUGCACAUGUUAGUACAAGGCUGGUUGAGCCUUACAAGGGUAGGGAAAUCGUUGCCUAUGAUGAUAUUUUGUAACUUAUGGUCGUUGUUUGAGGGAUUGCCUCACUUGUAACAUUAGCUAUAUGGCUUUAGGUAAAUGUUGAGUUUUUUAUUGCAGAUUAGUUGGGUGAUUUUCAGUUCUAGUUGUUCUUUCAAUAAGGUUCCUAUCUUGUUUGUUUUUCUUCUCUGUGUAAUACUAGCACUAAAAAACGAUCAUGUACGUAAAUUGUUUUUUUUUCCAUUUGAGUAUGUAAUUCAUGUAGGCUUCUCUCUUAGCAAAUAAGAUGCUGGUCCUUGAUUUUGAUUUUGUCGAAAAGAUAGAUGUUACUACACUUUGGUUCCUCAAUACUUGUACUUGCAGCAUACCACUUGGAAGAAGUUGACAGCGUUGAUGAGUUUUCA